AUCUACAAAGAAAAAAUUGUCCAGGCUACGUUAAUAAUGAAAUUCACUCCUCAACACAAAAUCCUACCAAGAUACAAAUUGUGAUUACCUCAGUACUUGGUAUUGAUAUCAAUAAAAUUGUAUGUCAAGUAAAAGAAAUUGGUAGAGGUUUUGGCAGAAAGGAACAAAAAGUAUUCCUUUAUCACUAG